AGGGGCUUUGUUUCAGCAGUUUAGAAGCUUUGCAUCUCCUUCGGUAUUAUAUUAGUUCACAGCGUCGUAUGCGUGAAAUGCUAUUUGAACAAGGCCUUUGAACAAUUGUUCUUGUGAACAAUUGUAAGGUGUGCUAUUUAUCUACCUACUAGUUUGUCAGGUUUUUUAUUAUUAAUAAUCAGCCGAUGACAGAAUCCCUGCUGCAGUACUCUCCUCGCUCAACUCCAGCAAGCACGAGAACCUAAUAAAAGUCGUUCAACAUGUAUUUUCUCCGCUUGUUCUGUUUGACUGUGGCCGUGAUGAACGCUUUCGGUGAGAUGAGCGUGGAGGACAAGAAGCAGAUUGUCGUGAUGUCUCUUCCGGGUGAAGAAUACACACAGUAUAAGCUUGAUUUCCAAGACAUCGCAGAAUUCAUCAAAGAGAUGGAUCAGAAAACCAAAGGACUUGACCACUUUAUCAUCAUUCAUGACCGAUCAGGUAGAAAGUUCUUUGAAGGCUAUAACUUUACGAACGCGCAUCUUAUCGAAAUGGAGAAACCUGGACUGGAUCUCUGGAUGCGGGAUUUCCUGACUGCCAUGCCGAAGCAGCAGGUCAAUUUCACGUACAAACCCCAAUAUAUCAGCCACGAGCAGGCGCUGAAGGACAAGGCAGGGUUCAACAGGCUGGCGAAGUCAGCUAAUUUCCCUGAGCUACGGCAAAGCAAGAUCGUUUUGGAGGGCGGGAAUAUCGUGGAAAACGGAAAAAACAUUGCAAUCACCACGGCUAGAAUCUACUCCGACAAUCCAGGAAUGACCAAACAAGACGUCAUAGCAACACUUAGUCGCGAGAUAAACCGGACAGUGGUGGUCCUUCCGGACCCUCUGGACACAACCGGACACUCGGACGGCGUGGUAUCAUUCGUGGAGGAAGACACCCUUCUCAUCGCUCUAUUUAACGAUGCAGACGGACCGGGAUUUUACGAUGCAAUGGAAAAAGAGGUCGUCAAUUUGUUUCCGUCACUAAAGAUCGUUCCCCUGCCAUGUUACGCAAAGAAAGGCAAGACCCAAGGAUUCGUAUCAUCUGAGGGAGCGUACGCCAACUCGCUAGUGACAAACAACGCCGUCUACCUACCCUUCUUUAACAACCAAACGAGCAACGAGAAAGCGCUUGCAGUAUUCAGAAACAGCACCACGAAGACCGUUGUCCCGGUAACCAAGACUCAGUACAUUCCUGUCCUUGGCGGAAGCCUUCGGUGUAUGACAUGGCAGAUCGACCAGCAUACGGAAGUCGGGAAACGCUUGCUGGCCUACGCGAAAACCUCGCCGAAGCCUUCAAACGACGGAGUAUCGAUCGGUAGUAGUACAGGCAUCGCUGUGUUUUUGGGUCUGGUCACCAUGCUAUUGUGGGGGUAGUCCUUUACCUGUCUCAUUACCACCAGCAUGUAUUACAUAACAAGUUGACUUGUCGUGGACAUUAAUCAAUUGAUUUACUUUGGAUGAUUUAAUACGUUGGGUAAUUUUAGUAACCAGCCUCUUCACCUGGGAUUUUUAUUUUUUGCUUUUAAAAGGGACACUUGCAAGACAUCAAAAUAACCAUCUUUUCAACAUUGUGGUUUGAACAUGUAACAGCGUUCAUUACACAAUUGUAAGCUUAGGGGGGGGGGGGGGCAUUCAUUAUACAGGAGGCAUUCUUUAGAUAGGGGGCUUUUAUUAGAUCAUUUACGGUAGUGUAAACGAACUAAACUAGAUCCUCUGCAUAUACUUCAUUUCACAGAAAACGGGUACCUUUUUAUCAAUUGCACUCAGAUAAAGUUAACACAUUGCUUUGACAACCAGGUGAUUGAUAUUAUUUUUUUCAUACUGUAAUUUUUGCUUGCUUUUUCCCCCUCAGGAUUUUUACUUAUCUAAAGUAAAAAUCUAAGUCUAAAAAAAUCAAUCGUCAAAGAAACACAGUGUUACAAAGCAACAUAAAAUUUUCCUCAAAUUUGGUAAUUGAAUGACAUUCCUGUAGGCAGAAGAUAAAGUGUUUUGAGUACAGCAAGUAGUAUUCUAAAAUUUAAUUGUUAAAAAGAUACUGUACAAGAUAUCUCAACUCGAUGCCCUUAUUUAUGCAACUACCCCCCCCCUGCGAAUUGUUUCUGCUUUUUUACAUUUUAGACAACCUAAUGAAAUUGAAAUAAUAAAUUUUAAAAAUCUG